AUGUCGAAUUUAAAUAACGCUCCGGUGCCAAAAAAAAGUCAAAAUCUAAAUGAUUUUGAAAGUGCUGAACAUACAGAAUCAAAAUUUUGGCGUAAGAUCAAAGAAGAUCCAGUUGUACCUGUUGGUGAGUUCAAAUUUUUAUCUGUUUAUAUUCUAAUUAAUAUUAAAUUUCCAUUUUUUUUAAAAGGCAUGGCUGGAUUUGGUUUGAUCGUACUUGGAGCUAUAAUUGGUUAUAAUAGAAGAGAUCGAAAUAAGCCUACAUCCACUUAUUGGAUUCGUACUCGUGUUUAUGCACAAGGUUUUGUCGUAUCUCUACUAACUGCAGCAGCUAUAUAUCAAGCUGUUAAAACCACUUCAGAGCCACAUAAUAUUCAUGGUCACAAUAGAGGUCAUCAUACUCAUAAUAAUCAUGGCCACGGUAAACUUCAUCAUGAAGAAUCAACAUCCAAUAAUCAACAUUCGAAAUAG